CGUGAUCAGUGUACCAGGUCCCCCUCAAAUUUCUUCAUUUCCAGGCUUUGCCUGACCUCUUCACCCAGAGAAGCCUUCUUGCCGGUAUGUCUCUACCAAUGCACCGUUUCUUUUCUUCUUGUCUUGUAUCCUGGUGCAGCCCAGUAGGAGGGUCUCUUUGAGGUUGUGUGUUAUGAUUCUCAAGGAGGUUAUAAGCCCCUUGUAUCUCCGUGCAUUCUCCAGAACUCAGCACCGUGACUGGAGGCUGUCACUGACAGCCCAGUGAGAGCGCCUGGGGAGGGGGGAAUGACUGGGGCAGGGUCUAAGGUAAGAGAUGAGAGGAGUAGGUAGGAAGCUGAGGAAAAACGGGGCCCAGCAGCAUCAGAAGUCUGGAAAUGGGCCAAGAUAGAGCCGCUGGGGGAACGAGUAGUUUGGGUCACCUUCUCUGCUGAGUGCAGGCCAGCGAAGCCUGAGAGCAUAUAACAGGCAGGUGGCAGGGUUGGGACAACUGGGGCCAGAACUGGGGGAGGGAUGAGUGCAGAUGCAGGACCCAGAGUCAGGACUCAGCAGUGUCCCCACUCACCUACAUGAUCUGGGAACCUUAUCUGUACCCUGCAGCUUAUCCUGUUUCCCAGGGAGGCAGACUCUCACACGCCCAGACGUGUUAGUGAUGGGAAAGAGUAGAGUGCCCGAGGGGCCCCAGCGAGAGGCCUGAGAAGAGCUCCACCUUGUCCCUCCCCAUUCUCUUCUCACACUGCAAACCCGACAGGCAUAGGGCCGGAGUAGGCACCUCAACGGCCGCUGCUGAGCCUUUCCGCUUCCCAGGCUCCUGGUGGGCCCUCGAUCCUACUAGCUCCCCACUGGGUAAGUAGAUCUGCUCACCGACCUUGACUUCCCAGCACUCACCAGUUGCGCUGAGUUGAAGGAAUGGGGCUGGACAAAGGAGGGGCCCAACUAAAGGGGUGGAGGUGGAGGAAGUGAGAACCAGGGAGUCAGGACUGGGGAGGUCCCCUGACUGACAGCAGGGGAUCUGGGUUCCAAGUAGUGUUUGAGUUGGGGCUAGUGUCUGCCAGGAGGUAAAGUCGAGGCUCAGAGCCAGGAGGACAGGGAAGUGGGAGGAGACACAGUCCCUUCUCACCUGGCAGAAGGGGCUUUUGCCCCACCGGCUGAAUGCCUUCUAUAGCCCUUUCCUUCUCCCCCCCGCCCCCCGCCGCACCCCGUAGGCGCAGAAGAAUGUUGGCCUGCUACCGGCCCCCGGGGAACGAGACGCUGCUGAGCUGGAAGGCCUCGCGGGUCACGGGCACGGCCUUCCUGCUGCUGGCCGCGCUGCUGGGGCUGCCGGGCAACGGCUUCGUCGUGUGGAGCUUGGCGGGCUGGCGGCCCGCUCGGGGGCGACCGCUGGCGGCCACGCUCGUGCUGCACCUGGCGCUGGCCGACGGCGCGGUGCUGCUGCUCACGCCUCUCUUCGUGGCCUUCCUGGCGGGGCAGGCGUGGCCGCUGGGCCGGGCGGGCUGCAAGGCCGUGUACUACGUGUGCGGGCCGCGGGUGGGCCGGCUGGUGAGCGCCAUCGUGCUGGCCUUCGGCUUGCUCUGGGCCCCCUACCACGCGGUCAACAUGCUGCAGGUGGCGGCCGCGCUGGCCCCGCCCGGAGGGGCCCUGGCGAGGCUGGGCGGGGCGGGCCAGGCAGCACGAGCUGGGACCACGGCUUUGGCCUUCUUCAGCUCCAGCGUCAACCCGGUGCUCUAUGUCUUCACCGCCAGGGAUCUGCUGCCCCGGGCAGGCCCCCGCUUCCUCACGCGGCUCUUUGAGGGCUCCGGAGACGCCCGAGGGGGCGGCCGUUCUAGGGAGGGGACCAUGGAGCUCCGAGCUACCCCUCGACUCAAAGUGGUGGGGCAGGGCCGGGGCGAUGGAGACCCCGGCGGCGGGGUGGAGAAGGACAGUCAGGGAUGGGACCCUUGACACCAAACCCUACAACCGGGCCUGCCUCUUCCCUGUCCCCUUCCAUUGUUCCUACCCCAGAACUCAGGGAGCCACGCUGAAGCAUUUGGGGGCCCUUCUCUGGCCAGAGUUUGGACCUUUCUGGGCAGAAUUAUUAUACACCUGGGGCAGGCCCAGGUCCCGCCGAACGGAGGGACUGCAAGUGGUGAUGGUAUUGUGUGCUUGCAAGUUGGCAUGUGCCCAUGUGCCAGAGCUCUUGACUUGCUGUCAACAGCUACUGUGAAAUGCACUGGGGGCGGGGAUUGCAUGAUGGCAUAAGCACGCCCCCACUGGUGGUUCAUCAUGCCUGAGUUGUACCGAAGCCACUGGUUCUUUGCCGGGUCAGCCCAGGGCUGGGCACUGCCAGCCUUCCAUGGCAUCUUGACUUGUCCUCCCCAGCCCAGGUGGCCUGGUUCCCCCAGGCCAACCUAUUGAACCACUCUGGAAAUAAAGCGAGAAAGAGGAAGGAAA